GGCGCGCCGCUCAUUCGAACGCUGCGCGAGCGCCGGGCGGCCGCGCAUUGCAUAUUUUUAUAUUAUUGAUUUAUUCGUCAAUUUACCGUCUACCCGCAAUUUCCAUGUGUCAAAAAAAUAUUGACGAAUAUAUAAACAGUUUUAAAAAAUACAAUAAUAACCGCGUUCUCAUUAAACACGUCGGCAUCGAGUGACAGUUAUCUCAAGUGUCUCCGUUCAUAAUAAAUAGCGAUAAAUAAAUAAACAGUAACGAGGGCUGUAAGUGGGGCGGAGCCAGGGUGGCUGUGAUAUAGCAGUGCGGUGUCAGGUGACGGACGGACCGAUGAGUUCCCCCGGGCUGGAGAUGUCGUUGGAACACCAUGUUCCUGUGCUGAUGAAAAAGACGCAGAUGAGCGGUGAUCGCGCCGGCUCGCAGUGCGGUCUGACGUCGCUGCUGCCGAUGUCGUGCCGGGGGCGUGCAGCGGCGUUCGCGCGGGACCUCCACUCGCGCCUGCGCAACCUCGGCGGCUCGCACGACGACGACAGCGAGAGCAACUGGCUCGCGCGCGACUCCCCCGCGCAGCAGAAGCUACGCCCAACCACCUCCAACUCCAACUCCCGAGACCACGACACCUUCUACGACUUCGAACUAGAAUGCGAGAGCCCCUCCAGCCCAGUCGAAGAAUUCGACCCCACUUUCACGGAGCGGUCGCCCACCGAUGAACAGGAACCGCCGUUCUACGACGUAGACACCGACCCCGAAUGUAACGAACAAACUAAACUCAAGCUUGUCCAACCCGACAAAAUUAGAAACGGAUUCAAAUUCUCCACCGCAUUCUUCACUGAGUCACCAGUCAAAAUUCAACCGGCACCGCGUGAAAAUGGACAUGUUGACAAGCCCCUGUAUUCGCCCAUUACGUUUGAAGGAUGCGCACGACAAAAUAGUUUGGAUGAAGUCGACACUACGGUACGCCCGUCAUCGUUAUCGGAUACGGACCGACUCAAUUUGCCGUUAAAUUUAAGUUCUGCUAUAGACAGUGAUUCUGAAUUUGAAUCAGCUAAAAGCGACCCUUCCGAAUGUGCGGAUGAAGUCUUCCACAGUGAAAAACCUUUAGAAAACGGCGUUGUGGACUGUGUAGAUAAUUUAUCACUCGAAGAAGUUGUGCCUAUCGAGGAAGAUGAAGUGUCUACAGAAAAUGCGGUAAAUACUACAGACACAUGCAAUGAUAUUAAAGAUCCACUGGAAAUUGUGACCAGUGAAGUUUUAUGUGAAAAAGAAACGUCUCCCGCGCCUGAAAUAGAACCAACAUUAUUAAAUGUAGAAGUCAAAGAGGAGCACGACGAUUCUGAAGAUGAUCGACCCCAAAGAGUACGUCGUUGUUCCUCACUAAAAACUGGUAAAACGCCACCUGGCACGCCCGGCCGCAAAAAAAUUGUUCGUUUUGCCGAUGUAUUGGGUCUAGAUCUAGCGGACGUUAAGACUUUUAUGGACGAGAUCCCCGUGAUUCCAAAAUCUGCUUAUGACGAUCUCACAGGUUGCGACGUUCAGAGUUCCCCACCGGUGCGGACUCCGCCACGCUUAGGUGCCCUCACGCUGGUCCCACUGUUCCAGUUACCACGUGAUGUCACAGAGAAAUUGGAAAAUACAAAUGUGUGCCUUGAAAGCGCGCGGGUCUGCGACGGGGUUCACGUCACAGUUUGUGGAUCAGUGCGAGUGCGCAAUUUGGACUUUCAUAAAACUGUACACAUACGCUAUACGAUGAAUCGUUGGAAAACCUACACCGACUUACAGGCUACAUACGUUCAGGGUUCGUGCGACGGAUACUCGGAUAGGUUUCAGUUCGUGUUGUACGCGCCGUCGAUAUCCUCGGGUCAGAGGCUCGAGUUGGCGGUGCGGUUCCAGUGCAAAGGGCAGCAGAUUUGGGACAACAACAGUGGCGCGAACUACUGUUUCGACUGCUUGGCGCUGGGCGUGAACGCUCAGGCGCCGUCGUCGUCGCCGCCGGGCCCGCUGCACCCGACCGUGGACUGGCACCCGUCCUUCUACUGACGCCGCUGGGGAUCACCGGCGGGGUGAAUGCGUCGGAUGGAUCGGCAGAGGCGACGGCCGCGGCUGAGGCCCGGGACGGGCCCGCGGGCGCCCGCCGCUAGUCACAUUCCUGUGCCUGCCCGCGCUCGCAGCGCGGAGUCCUGAGUCAUUGAGGCUUAAAGUGGUGAAGCGUUUUUGUGAUAUAAAGUAGCUUAGGUGUAGAUAUAAUACAACGAGCGAGCGGCUCGUACGGAGUGCCAUUUGCAGUAAACGAAGUUUCGAAGUGUAAAAUAUACAUUAUAUUUUUUCGAGUUUUUGGUUAGUAGCUAACGAUAAUGUACAACGUCCUGGCGGACAAUAAAGUCGUCGCGUGGCGUGGCGCUAGCGUGCACAGUGGUCCGGGCUGAGAUUCUGUUCCCUUGUACAUAGAAUGAGAGUAUGAAUUCUGAAUGAUAUUAAUAUUUUAAUAAAAUUUUACAAACUAUUAGUCUUAUGUAAUAGUCUAUGUAUGUCAAAUUACGUGCGCAAGCAUCACCUCUGUAGCUAGAGAUUUUAUUCACAUUAGCGUCUUUAUGGAUUGUAUAUAAAUAAUGUUAAGAACACUUAUUUGUAAAGACACAAUAUCAUGCAUCACUUGUUAGAUUGUUAUAAUGUUUCGUAAAUUGUUAAUGUAAGUGGACCUGUCUUAGAGUCAGGGAAGCAAUAUAUUAUGAAGUAAACGAAACCCCCCCAUACGAAUGUUUUAUGAAAACAUAUUACUUAUGUGGAAAAUGUCUAACUACUGUUUAUAUUUUCUAUGUUUAAUGAUGUUAUUUGCCUAUUUAUAUUUUAUAUUUUUAUAUAUGAACUUGAAUACAUGACAUAUUUCCUAAUUAAGAACUGAUAAAUGGUAAUUAUUGUUGUUUGGUUUCGAGAUUUUUAUCAACAAGACUAUUUAGAGAUUACGAAAUUAAAUUAUUGUUAGAUGUACUUUAAGCAAUAUUACAAUAUUAUUUAUUUAUUAGGCCGGUUUUUCUAUAGUGUAUGUACCUGAAUUCUUAAAAUGUGGCCAUAUUAAUUUUAUAUGAAAUGAUCCGCGAGAGCGCUGUCCUACUGAACUAUAAUAAUAUUAUUGUUACAAUGACUUCUGUUUUAUUGAAUAACUACCUACCUAAUAAAUUAAUAUGCAUAAUUUUAA